AUGCUGCGCCUUCUAGUUGCUUGCGGCAGGAGCGCGGCGGACGGCGGCCGCGACGAAUUCCACACGCUGCAGCUGCUGAACCGCCUGCUUGGCGAAGAGGCGGGGCCCGCCUCGCACGGGGACGCAGCAGCGUCCUCCGCCGCUGUCGCACCGGCGGAGGACGCAUCCCCCGCGACGCCCCGCAGCCCGCCUCGCGAGGCGCGGGAUUCGUUGGCCCUCGGCGCGGACGACGCGCCGACAACUGUGUCCACGGCGCUUGUUGCUGGGCGCCCGCAGUUGAGCGCCCCACUCCCGCGGGGCGGCGCCGGGCCCGUCUCUGAUUCUGCCUCCACCCUUGAGGGCGCGACGCACCUGCGCCUCGGUGCGCCAAACAGCACGGUGAAAAACGACAUGGACCCGCCCCAGUUGGAGCACACGAUCGCGUUUUCCUCGAGGGCAAGCUCGCUCCUUUGCGGCGGCCGGGACCCAAAGAUGAAGCUGGAAUGGUCCUCCUCCAUUUCACGGCUGCCGCCUGCGGUGCUUGCAACGGGACCACAAGACACCGCACCUGCGGAGCCGCAACGCGUGAAUUCGCCGCCGCGUUCUGCUGGGCUAGCGUCAGUCACCGGUGCUGCAGGGCUGGGUGCGAGAGCAUCUUACGCCAGGCGUUUUUUGGAACGGCUGUACUUUCGUGAUCCUGUCGUCGUUGGAACCGCCGGCGGCCUCCCGCCGCGCGCCCCGACGACGCGCCAGAAGCGGACAAAUCCCAUCUUUGAGCGCUGCUAUUACGAUGCCUCAGGCCUUCUGUUCACACCCAUCGUCUUCGAUGGGGCGCCACCUGUACGCCGCGUGGAGAGCGAGCGAAGCCGGAGUGCCUUGUCUGGUUCAGACUUGCGCCUUGAACGCGGCGGCGGCGGCGGCGGCGGAUCCGGCAAGAACGGCGGUAGACCAUCUUCACAGCACGUUAGCUCCCCGGUACGACCCCGCGUCACCUCGUCCCUUUAUCGGAGUAGGACGGGGUGUGCGCAUGACCUACGCCGGUCCGUGAGACGCCAGGUGCAGCGUCCGGCGCAGGAUAAGCUGCAGCAGGAGGAUGCGACAGCUGGGUUGUGUAUCGAGGGCCAAGCGCUGAGGUUCUCCUCGCGAUGCCCUUCUUCUGCUCUCGUACGACAUCUUCGGCGUGAUAAAAAAUGCCCUGUGGGUGGAGUAGGGGAGAAUCAGUGGCUAUAG